AUGGUGCUGUAUUCAGUAUAUCAACAGAUCACUAACGAUCCAGAACAUACCUACAAACUAAUGCAAUUACCGCCUGAUUUAUUGGAAUAUAUAACUAACAACGACAAAGAAGAAUUAGUUCUCAAAUCAUCAAUAACUUCAGAUAAUUUAGUAGUUUGUUCAAAUUCAAAGACGUGGAGAUUAAGACAGAUGAAUCAUUCCAAUACGGCUUUGAUAUGUGAUAAUUUGAAUAUCAACGUUAAUAAUAAAUUUACCGAUCCAUUGGUUGAAACUGGAGAUCAACAACAACAAUUUGAUAAUAAAUUAGUGGGAUUCAGUCAAUGUUCUUAUGAGUAUGAGUUGUCGAGUACGGAGGGAAUCAUUGAUAUAACUGAUUUACCAAGACAUUCAGGAGAUCAAUUGAGCGAUGAUACGCUUAAUGUUGAUACGUUGGAUUGGUCAUUACAACAAUUGAUUGAUAAUUCACCUAUAUCUUCCCAAGAGUUCUUUACUAAAUGGUAUGAAUAUGGAGGAUGUAUCAUAAAUGACAAAGUUCAUAUUCUUACUAAUGAAUUCAUUACCGAGAUAUUGUAUGGUUGUAUUACUAUUCUAAUCCUGGAGAAUAUUAAUUAUAAUGAUGAUAUUGAGAUAUUGAAUUUUAUUCAAUUAAUCCUAAUGCAAGAUGAAACAAUGAAUCAAUCUAUAAUGGAGACUAUAAUCCAUAAAUUCGGACAUGAAAUCAAAGAAGAUACAUUUAAAUUAGAUCAUGCCAAGAUAUCGAAAUGGUUCGGAAUCCAACAAUUAGCAAAAUCGCUGGGAAAUCUUAUAAAUAAGAAAGAAUUCCUUUUACAUUGGAAAUCAUCCUUACCAUCAUUCUACAACGUAUCAUUAGAUAUCCAAGAUCUUCGAGGGAAUUACUGUUCUCCCAUCGAGGAUAAGAUCUUAUACGUCAAUGCUUCAGAUUUAGCCACAUCAAAUCUUUCGGUAAGGUUUGUUCAAUUAUUUCAGUUGGAUAAGAAUUGGAAUUAUGAUGAUUUUAUUCCAUUCAUAGCUGAUUUCGUACCGAAUGGGAAGAAAGUUGAUUCUGUAAUUUUGAAAUAUGCCAGAAAGAAGAAAAUCACCAAGGAUAAAUAUUUAAUCGUACCUCGUUAA